AUGUCAGACAACCCAAGCACCCUGGAGAACUGGAAAGCUAAACUGGAUGACGCCAGGGGGCUUCUCAAUAGACACAUCGAUGAAGUCAGACAGGAUUAUGCACGUAAAAGGGUGAAGAGACCAAUAUAUCGUGGUCCAGAGCAUGACUGGUAUGCAGUAUGGUUUGCUUUUUGGGCGGCAUUCUGCGAGAAGACUAUAACAUUUCUGCCUGCUCCUCAACCUCGAAUUUUUCGUUUCAUAGAAGGGCAAGACGAAAAGUCCGUGAAGCAAGAGCUCAUUCCUGAUUAUGGCGUCAUGCGAGUUUUCAGGCCCAGACGUUCUUCGCCCUAUCCGAGACGCUCCACCCGAAGCGAUGUUCCUACAGUCAGUAAGAGAUGGGUCGCUUUGCAAGAAAUCAAACCACCUCCUGUUACAACAGCAACCGAAGAGGGUGUAUGGGAUGGAAUCAGGGAGGCGGAGAAAGAUCUUGAAAGGCAGGUACAACUGUUCUUUGCUGCAGAAAUUCCAAUGCAGGAAGCGGUUAUUGGCAUUUGUGCUUCUGGAGAGUGGUGGACAUGGGAUGUAUACACCAAGGACGAUGUCAAACCUCUUUCUAAGCACGAAGAUGGCGAUUAUCGAACCUCUGUAGAACUUCCGGAUGAAGACGACGCAGAUGAAGAACCUCGUGUCGCUUACAAAUUGAACACGGAGGAAAGUAAUACAGCCAUUCUGGAAUUGCGCGCUGCGAUCCAAGGACUACGCGGGUUUGACGGAUUUGAUGAGAACCUUUAG